UGGCAGAUGACAUGAAUCUUCUUAUGAUUUCCACCGUUUUCCUAACCAUUCUAUUGCCCAUCAUCUUGUUUCUCAUAAACAAUCAACGUAAGAGAUCACAUGAGAAUCAUCAUACAAAGGUACCACCUGGUUCUAUGGGCUUACCAGUGGUGGGGCAGAGCCUGACUCUCCUGUGGACGAUGAAAUCAAACACAGCCGACAAAUGGGUUUCCGACAGAGUAAACAAGUAUGGUGCCGUGUCCAAACUAAGCCUGUUUGGAAAGCCGACUGUCUUUAUCCACGGCCAGGCCGCAAACAAGUUCGUAUUUAGCAGCAGCAGUGAUCAGUUGGGGAACAGCCAGCCGGAAUCGGUGAAAACACUAAUGGGGGAACGGAACAUUCUAGAACUAAGUGGGGAGGAUCAUAAACGGCUGAGGGGCGCAAUUAUGUCGUUCUUGAAGCCUGAGUGUUUGAAGGAGUAUAUUGGAAAGAUGGACCAAGAAGUCCAAACCCAUCUUCAAACCCAUUGGACCCCCGCCGCGGAUACACAGAAAAGCAUCACGGUUGUUCCCCUGAUGAAGAACCUUACUUUCAACAUAAUAUGUUCUCUUCUAAUUGGGAUGGAACGUGGGUCAAGGAGAGAAGAGUUACUAAACUGUUUUCAGGAUCUAGUAGCUGGAUUGUGGUCACUACCCAUCAAUCUUCCCUUCACGCAAUACAGAAGAAGUCUCAAGGCCGGUGUCAAGAUCACUGACAUAAUUAAGGACCUCAUUCGUCAAAAGAAAGCAAAGCUGGCUGCUGCUGCGAAAGGAUCAACUAACGAGGACAUCAUCACUUCCUUGAUCAGCAGCAAAGUAUCCGACGAAGAGAUCAUUCACAACAUGAAGGCUAUCAUGAUUGCAGGCCAUGACACCUCUGCCACCGUCCUAACAUUCAUUAUUAGGCUCCUCGCCCGCGAUCCUGUCGUUUAUGAAACCCUUCUUCAAGAACAAGAAGAAGUAUCCAGAAGCAAAGGUUCACGGCUGCUGCUUACAUGGGAAGAUCUUGGGAAGAUGAAAUAUACAUGGAAAGUAGCUUUAGAAAUUAUGAGAUUGGUUCCUCCAGUCUUUGGAGGGUUUAGGAAAGCACUAAAAGAUAUUGAGUAUGAAGGUUUCCUAAUUCCCAAAGGAUGGCAAGUUUUAUGGGUAUCAAGCAUGACUCAUAUGGACAAUAAGAUAUUCCCAGAAGCAUCCAAGUUUGAGCCAUCAAGAUUUGAUAACCAAGGAAGCGUUCCACCUUACUGCUACAUUCCCUUUGGAGCAGGGCCUCGGGUAUGCCCAGGAUACGAGUUUGCUAAAAUUGAGAUUCUGGUCACAAUCCAUUACAUUGUCACCCGCUUCAAAUGGAAGUUAUGCUGCGACGAUAAUUUCUUUGGACGUGAUCCAUUGCCAAUGCCUACUCAAGGACUUCCCAUUCAAAUUGUUUCUAAGGAGUAGCUAGAAGAAGCUUACUACUAUACAUAUAUAUGCUAAUAAGUGAACAAACAAAUAGAUUAGGCUACCUCAAAGUAUUAUUAUACUUUUUUAUUGAAAUAUGUAUCAUAGGAAAUUCUGAUAAUGAUGUUACUUAUCAAU